UUUAAACACUUGCACCCAAAUCUCACCUUCCCCAAAACACUUGUAAACAUUGAAAUAUAAAUUGUACCUUCCUUGUAUGUGGGUGGCUUGGGGUUAAACGCCCCGCUCCUGUAAUUCUCACACAAACCACUUUAUGUCUCCCAAAAGUGUUUGACCCUUUCCUUGGAUGCCACUAGUCUUGCUCAACUAAAAAUGCCAUCUGUCUCAUCUCAACUUUUAUUAAGUCACUCAAACAAAACGGUUUUGAGGUUGCAUUGAUCAAAUAUUUUGUCAUUUAGGAAAAGUGAUAUACCUUUUUAUAUAUACCAGUAGGGGAGCCGAAAUAUAACUAAUCCACUUGAUUAGGGAUAAUCUUUUUUAUCCGUUUUUAUUUUAUUUUAAGUGAGUAUGUUUGGGACAAAAUGCCCCCAAGACAAUCGAUGCAAGUCAAUGGUACCUACUGUAUAUAUUAGCAUUGGACAGGAAGGGUGGAAAUAAAAAGACAUCAAAGUACCUCAAAACCUCAUCAUAAAACAGGUUUCUAUCCAAUUUGGUGAUACAUUUUCAUGUGAAUAUUCUAAAACACACAUAAAAACAAUAUGAGCAUUUUCCCACCAGAGAUGUGUUUCCAUGAUAUUGACUUGUUGCAGAUUAAAGGUUCUGCAUGAUGACAUAGUGCAUAUAAAGUACAUGAUAUUGACUUGUUGCAGAUUAAAGGUUCUGCGUGGUGACAUAGUGCAUAUAAAGUACAUGAUAUUGACUUGUUGCAGAUUAAAGGUUCUGCGUGAUGACAUAGUGCAUAUAAAGUACAUGAUAUUGACUUGUUGCAGAUUAAAGGUUCUGCGUGGUGACAUAGUGCAUAUAAAGUACAUGAUAUUGACUUGUUGCAGAUUAAAGGUUCUGCGUGAUGACAUAGUGCAUAUAAAGUACAUGAUAUUGACUUGUUGCAGAUUAAAGGUUCUGCGUGAUGACAUAGUGCAUAUAAAGUACAUGAUAUUGACUUGUUGCAGAUUAAAGGUUCUGCGUGGUGACAUAGUGCAUAUAAAGUACAUGAUAUUGACUUGUUGCAGAUUAAAGGUUCUGCGUGGUGACAUAGUGCAUAUAAAGUACAUGAUAUUGACUUGUUGCAGAUUAAAGGUUCUGCGUGAUGACAUAGUGCAUAUAAAGUACAUGAUAUUGACUUGUUGCAGAUUAAAGGUUCUGCGUGAUGACGUAGUGCAUAUAAAGUACAUGAUAUUGACUUGUUGCAGAUUAAAGGUUAAGCGUGAUGACAUAGUGCACAUAAAGUACAUGAUAUUGACUUGUUGCAGAUUAAAGGUUCUGUGUGGUGACAUAGUGCACAUAAAGUACAUGAUAUUGACUUAUUUCAGAUUAAAGGUUCUGUGUGGUGACAUAGUGCACAUAAAGUACAUGAUAUUGACUUAUUUCAGAUUAAAGGUUCUGUGUGGUGACAUAGUGCACAUAAAGUACAUGAUAUUGACUUGUUGCAGAUUAAAGGUUCUGCGUGAUGACAUAGUGCAUAUAAAGUACAUGAUAUUGACUUGUUGCAGAUUAAAGGUUCUGCGUGAUGACGUAGUGCAUAUAAAGUACAUGAUAUUGACUUGUUGCAGAUUAAAGGUUAAGCGUGAUGACAUAGUGCACAUAAAGUACAUGAUAUUGACUUGUUGCAGAUUAAAGGUUCUGUGUGGUGACAUAGUGCACAUAAAGUACAUGAUAUUGACUUAUUUCAGAUUAAAGGUUCUGUGUGGUGACAUAGUGCACAUAAAGUACAUGAUAUUGACUUAUUUCAGAUUAAAGGUUCUGUGUGGUGACAUAGUGCACAUAAAGUACAUGAUAUUGACUUGUUGCAGAUUAAAGGUUCUGCGUGAUGACGUAGUGCAUAUAAAGUACAUGAUAUUGACUUGUUGCAGAUUAAAGGUUAAGCGUGAUGACAUAGUGCACAUAAAGUACAUGAUAUUGACUUGUUGCAGAUUAAAGGUUCUGUGUGGUGACAUAGUGCACAUAAAGUACAUGAUAUUGACUUAUUUCAGAUUAAAGGUUCUGUGUGGUGACAUAGUGCACAUAAAGUACAUGAUAUUGACUUAUUUCAGAUUAAAGGUUCUGUGUGGUGACAUAGUGCACAUAAAGUACAUGAUAUUGACUUAUUUCAGAUUAAAGGUUCUGUGUGGUGACAUAGUGCACAUAAAGUACAUGAUAUUGACUUGUUGCAGAUUAAAGGUUCUGCGUGAUGACAUAGUGCACAUAAAAUACCUUUUGCUGUUAAAUUGCCAUGUACCAAAUAACAAACACAAGUUAAAUGGGCUUCCAUUGCAUUUUCAAUUCUACUGAUGUUUUUCUCACACUCUGGCAUUGGCAUGUGUGCAGUUUCCCAAACUCUGUCCUAGGGCCUCCCCACUCACGGUACUGCUGAUUCAUAUAACCAACUCAUCAUCAAGCUUUGAUUAUUUGAAUCAUAUACGGACUACAUCAGGGAUGGGCAGCUCCAGUCCUUUUGGGGCACUGUGAAGUCCAUGGAGAAUAAGAGCACCUCCUCCCAGCUGCCCACUGCACUGAGGCAAGGAAACACGGUCACCACCGAUAAAUCUACGAUAAUCGAUCAUUUCAAUAAGCAUUUUUC